UUUAUUAGACUGGUCCCCUGCAUAAUUACGGGAUGGAUGCCAAAUAAGACCACAGAGAACCAGAUUAAAAUUUAUUUACCUGAAGAUUGAUUAUCAAAAAACAAUGUUGUAAAGGAUGGAAGAUCCACCGCAAACUCAAGAUGGAGAGGAAAAUACAGAAUUAGCAAGAGUGAGAAGAAAAUUCCUCAUCCUCUUUAUUGUGAAAUUCCUGCUAGGUUUUCUGCUGUUACUACUAGGGGGAUUGGCAGUCAAAAAUACCGAAACAUCUGAUGGAUUUGGUCCACCUUAUUACAUUGGCGCUUUUCUUGUAGGUUGUGCUAUCACGAUGUCGGGGAUAGUGGAUCUUUUCAUCUUUCGACUUCUUACCUCUAAUGACCAGUCAGUACUUAAUAAGUUUGUACAAUGCACGUGCUUUGAAGUUGGGUUAACUGUUGUUGCCAUAUUGAGUGGAUUCAUAGGAAUUUUCUUCGUUGCUAUAUUUGGCGUACCAAAAUGUGAUCCUUCCUCAUUCUUUAGCCAUUGUAAUUAUAACAUUAACAUGGGAACGAAUCGAAACAUUGCAAUAUCUAUCCUGGUAUUUUUGAUAGCUGGUGAAAUUCUAGGUAUAGCAAGUAUUGUGAUGAAUAAUCUUGCAUGUAGGGGUGUUGGCGUUUCCAACAUAUUUAAAGCAAGGCCACGCAGAUAUAAUACUGCCCAAAAUGUUUACAUGGCAGGUGGUGGAGGUACUGUUGUCAUGUCAACAGCUCCGGAACAAACACCAAUUAUUGGAGGCUUCGGUUAUGGUAAUUAUAGAAGAAAUGACAAUUAUAGUGCAGAUACUCAAAUAGUAAUAGGUGGACAAGUUAUAGAUAAAAAUCGAGGUGGUUUUUCAGGGGCUGUCAUACACCCACCAGAAAAUACAACUGUUCACCCAUUCGUAGGGUAUUAUCCAGAUAACCAGGGUGCAACAGGCCAACAUCCCACAUUUCAUCAAGAUGAAUCCGUAAACCAGUUACAGGAACAAAACAGAUUAUUGAGAGAGCAGAUUGCGUUACAACAACAACAACUUCAAUUAAUGCAGCAGCAACAACAUCAACAACUGGAUGCAUCGUCCACAAUGCCACCUCCUCCACCUAGUUAUGAGUCAUGCCUACAAGAUCCUACUCAGAUUAAAUUUCUUCAACAACAAAAUGAGGAAUUGCUAAACAGAUGUCAAACCCAGCAAUAUCAAAUAUCUGAAAAGACACCAGUUGUUCAUGGGACACACCCUAAUCCUUCGGCACCACCUAUGUGAGCCAGAAUUAUUCAUUCUGUUUAUCUGCUGGUCAGGUUUCUAUACAAAGGCAAUUUAUGACAGCGGCUAAUGCUAAAAGGGCUAUUGAAGGAUUUUAUAUCAGAGAUUUUUCUUAGAUGUGGGAAAGAUUGUCAGUGGAUUUGAUGUUAGUGGACUCAUAAUGAUUUUUAGUGGAUUUAAUUGUUAAUGGAUUCAUAAUGAUUAUUAGUAGAUUUAGUUGUUAAUGGAUUCAUAAUGAUUAUUAGUAGAUUUAGUUGUUAAUGGAUUCAUAAUGAUUAUUAGUAGAUUUAGUUGUUAAUGGAUUCAUAAUGAUUAUUAGUAGAUUUACUUGUUAAUGGAUUCAUAAUGAUUGUUAGUGGAUUCUUGGGAAGGAAAAUUAAUGCAUAGAUGUUCUUUAUGGUAUUCAAACAAUGAUAUCACAUUGUGUCAAAUAUGCUGAUACAAAUAUACCAGAAAGUAAGAAAAAUUGUAUGUU